AUGAAGUUUUGGGUCAAGGCCAUCACCGACGAUAAUGUUCAGGAGCAGCUCCUCGUGAAGGCGAACAACUCGCCGGAGCUCAUGAGGGAGCUUAGUAGACUACUCAACACCCACGUCACGUGGAUGUCGGUCUCCGACUUUCAGACGCAGGUGGUGGAGAGGCUCGACGGUGGGGCCGAAAUUCUCCCAGUGAAGGUCGUCACGUCAAAGGCGGCGGGGCAGCCACAGGACGGGGAGGCCAGUUUCACGUCCUCCGAGCCGCACCCGCAGCACCCAGCGCCCGCGCCGGCUGAACUUUCGCAGGUUGUAUGCAAAGAGGAUGAGGAAUGGCCGUUUUCGCUGCGGAGCCCCAGCCUUUCGGAGGCGGGGAUAAGUGCUCGCCCAUCCUCGGCGGGUCAGUCGCUGCUUCUUACCCCGCCAGUGGACCAGAUUUGCCUUACGCGCAAGGAUAUUGAGCUGCUCCUGCACCCUUCACACGCCAACGCCUUCGUCAACGUCGUCUCGGGGUGCUUUGUUAGGAUUCGUGGGAGGCAGGAUUAUGACGUGUACCAAAUUAUUCGCCCGUCCAAUGGUGUGGAUUUGUUAUUAGAUAUGAUUCACUAUGAGGAAACGCGUCCGCUGGAGGUGGUGAGCAACGCCCCUCCUGUGCCUCAGGAGGUGAGCACGUGGAGUAAGAAGAUGAUAUCGGCGUCUAGGCCCUUCAUGCCUCCAGGGUUCAUCGAGGCCAAGUUGGGCGACCUCAAUUCAGCGAUGCGGGCGGCGCGACCAUCGCUGCAGGAUCAGUCCCUGCAGACAAACGCCGUUACUCCACCGACGCCUCCUGCCGUUGGCAGGGAGCUGCAAGGACGACGACGCCAGCUUAGUUUAUUUGCUCGCUCCCGCAUGUAUCCGUAUAUUUCGCUCGGGCGACUGAUUAUUAAGACCAAUGAUGUUCUUCUGCAUCCACAAAUUUAUAUCCUUGAGGAACCUGAAGCCGAUACCUUCGAACUCGUUCUCUUUGCGACCCGGUACAGCAACAGUGGGAAUAAAAAAAACGUCUCUCAGACUUUGCGGGCUGCAUGA